AUGUCUACCCUCCUGCUACAAUCUCUAAUUGCGCCCAUCUUCCCCACCGAGCUUUCAUACGCGUCGCCGAAAAUCCAACCACACCCGACACCCUAUAUCCACCAGAGCCCCCAACCUACUCGCCUCCGACGAACAUAUGGCUCAUCCAGCGAUACCACACCAGUUCCCGACCAAGACGGACUCAUCGAGACAGACCUUAGAGCGGGCGGGCCAGACCUCUGCGACUUGCCAUGCGAGAUGAUCCUCCUGCUUCCAUGGCGCCCAGAACACGCGGGUCUCGAAUGGACGCAGACCUUCGAGAUCCACGCCGAGCUGGACGAGAUCUGCCGCAACGAAAACCUCCAGGCGAGCGAGAUCCGAUUCUGCGGGCGGCGGUCGAUAUAUGAGCCGAACCGCAAGCCCAUACUAACCCUGCUUGUCGUUGCAAGCCGCAGCGACGCAUCGCGAGCGACGUGGCGGACUGUUGCACGGAAAUUGCUCUACCACAUUAAGGGCAAGAAGAUGACCGACGAACCAAUUUCAGUCGAAAUCGUCGAUGAGAAGUUCGGAGAUUCUCCGGUGAUCCAUGCUUGUCUGCCGACCGAUGCCAUCUUCCCCAUCUGGAAGCAAAUUGCCCUGGAAAUCUUCAAUACCAUUGGGACUAGAGGCGUAUUCACGAUCGGGUGCUUCCGCAUCGGUAGCAAUAGCGACCGUCGGCAAUGCCCGCCGACCGUCCUCUUGGGUGUCGAUCGGUCCACCAGGCGCGACUGGAGGCGAGUGAGGGAGAAAGUUGUCGCCGUCCUUGACAGAUACGGACUUGACGAUGUUGCCGUGGCAAUUCACAAAGACAACCAGGUCACAGGUGGCGGUGACCCCAGUGACGAUGUAAUUACGCCUAAUGACUGUCGAAUUAACCCCAAGCUUGGCUCUAGCAUCGGUCUGGCUGGCAUGAAGGACGCACACGGAACGCUGGGCGGGUGGGUCGAACUGAGGAACCCUAAGAAUGGGGAAUGGCUGCCGUUUGCCCUAACCUGCUCGCACUGUUGUUUGCCCAAUGAUAGUGGGCUCUCCACAGGAGACCUAAAAGCUGUCCAAAAAUGGAAGCAGGAGGGUGUUCGGCCCGCCCAAGAUGAAAACAAGGCCCGCCUCCUGCCGGUAGACUCGCCAAGCAAAAGAGACAUCGAUAGCGCCAUCGAUAGGCUCACAACAAUCAUCAAGCAAAACGAGUCACAUCGUGUAUACCGGCAAGUCGAAGAGCUUCGAGCGAACGACGAGCUCGUUGUACCCUACCUCGAAAAGCUGAGGCAGCGUCUCGCCACAACAAUUGCGGAGUGUAGGCGGGGGCGCAAUGAGAUCAGAGAAUUCGCUCAGAGGCAUCCCGGAUUGAAACUUGGGACAGUGUUCGCCGCAUCUGGUCUACGAGAGGCACCCUCUGUCGACGACCCCCAGAAAUUCUCAAUCCGGGAUUGGGCCCUGGUCAAGGUUGGCCCCAGACGAGUCCCGGGAAACAACAAAGUCACGAUUCCAACUGAUGGUCCACGUGGUUUCGAUCAACUCACCGACUUUGGUAUGGAGCUUCCCGAGAUGGACGAGCCGCUCUAUAAAAUGGGUAGGGCAACAGGAUACACAGAGGGCAAGUACGGGAACCUCACCACAUGCAGGAUAGCUACUCGAUUUGUCAACGGAGAGCGAGUAACUUUCCCAACAUGGGAGCAUGUGAUUCUCCGCCCAGGUAGGGUGGCAUUCAAGGCGUCCGAUGCCGGAUCUCUUAUUUUCGACCGCGGCGGUUUGGUCCAGGGGAUGCUGUUCGGGGGAGCCGGCAACGGUGCAAUUGGGUACUUUACUGCAGCGCAAGACCUGCUCGCCGAUAUCAGGCACGUCACCGGUGUUCAGGAAAUCCGUCUGCGAGAUGUGGCAAAUGAGCCGUGA